CCCCCCCACACGUGGCCGGGCUUUGUGCGCGCGGGCGGGCGGUUCCGCCGCCUCAUCCCGGGCCCUUUCGCUUUCCCUUUCCCUUCCCCUCCCCGCCGCUCCCAUGGCGGCCCGCCUCACCUGCAGGGCGGACGAGGACGAGGCGGAGGACGAGGCGAACCUCUGGAAGUACGACUCCACCUGGGAGGGGGAGGAGGAGGAGGACGAGGAGGAGGAUGGCGGAGGCGAGCCGGAGGGAGCGGCGUUGGAGGAGCCGGAGGAUGCGGGGGAGCAGCCGGGGCAGGGCCGGGCGCGGAGCUGCGGGCACAGCCAGGAUCAAAGCUCAARUUCAUCACUGCUGUCUUGGAGUUUUCAGUGCAGCGGGAGGCGCAACUGGAUGGCAGCGAAAGACCUGCAGAGAUACAGAAACCAUUACCCAGAUUUGAAAGAACCAGAAAAUGAGGAGGAGGAAGAGAUGUGGAACUUGAGCUUUUAUAAAAAUGAGAUUGCUUUUGUGCCCCACGGUGUGCUUAUUGAAACUCUGCUUUCAUUGUGGUGGGACAACUAUGAAAUGCUGGAAGAAAAUCAUUCUUACAUUCAAUGGCUGUUCCCUUUACGUGAACAUGGGAUGAACUGGCGUGCCAGGCCGCUCACCUGUCAAGAAAUCCAGGCCUUUAGGAAGUCCAAGGAGGUUAUGGACAGGUUUAUACGUGCUUAUGAGCUCAUGCUGGGAUUUUAUGGGAUCAGUCUUGUCAACAAAGAAACUGGAGAACUUAAGAGAGCAGAGAAUUGGCGUGAACGAUUUGAAAACUUGAACAGGUUCAGCCACAACAAUUUGAGGAUUACUCGCAUCCUGAAGUGCCUGGGGGAGAUGGGAUAUGAAGACUUUCAAGUGCACUUGGUGAAGUUUUUCCUCACAGAAACUCUUGUUGAGGAGACAUUACCAAACGUCAAGAGAAGUGCCUUGGAUUACUUCCUGUUCACUGUCAGAAGCAAAGAGAAGAGGAGAGAACUCGUCCACUAUGCUUGGCAACACUUUAAACCUCAGAAAAACUUUGUCUGGGGGCCUCAUGACAAACUCAAGAAGUACAGACCCCGCUCUGCCAAACAGCAGCUGCACCAACGGCCUGAGGACAAACAGGACACUCYGUGUAAAAAAUGUGGUGAUUCUGUGGGGAAGGAUCAGAACCAGUCUCCAGAGGUGGAGCAGAAAGCUGGAGAUGCUGCAGAGUUGCAGCCUGGAAUGAGUGAUGAACUUGUAAAAGAGAAGAUAAGCAAAUGCAUUUUGAAGGGAGGAGAUAAUGAAGAGGAGAAAGAAGUUUCAUUGGCCCAGCUGGAGGAGAAGGAUUUAAAAAGUGAAGCCAAAGAAGUGCAGGGUACAGCAGAAAAUGACUGUACAAAGGAGAGCAAGAAGAGAAAACUGCAUGCAAAUUUGGCAGAUGAUAAAAUGGGUGGAUCCUUGAAAAACUCUGCUGAUAUUGAAAACAUCUCUCACAAUCUGGGAGAAUGUGCAAUUGAUGCAGAAGUCCCUUCCUCAGGCCCAGUCUCCCAGGCAGAAGAGGACCAGGAAACACUGAAGGAAGAUGAUUCAAGCACCAAAGAGCCGGCAGCACCAGAGGCCACGGAUGCAGCUGUGAAACGGAGGAAAGUUGAUAAAAGAACAUUGAGAAGCAAACCAGUCAACUUGGCCAUAAACCUGAACAUGGGGCCCUCAGCCUCUGGUGCCAAGGCAAAUCCAUCUGCUGCUAAUGGUGAGGCUGGAAAGGAAAAUAUCAGUGAGAAAAAUGCAGCUGUGGAAGUGCCAAGUGAGAAGGGGGGUGGUGGUGGUGAUGCAGAUGGUGGGGCUGUGAGACCCCUGGCUGCUUCCAGGCUCCCCAGGACUGGCUGCACUGUUCCCAUCAAGGAUGGCUGGAAGGCGAGUGGAGAUCAAGGGUCAGCAGUGGGUGAUCAGCCCCACUGCAACAGCAAACUCCUGGGGGGUAAAAGUGAASUAGAUGGGGUAGAACAGCAGAAAAAGACAGAAAAUCCAGGUGAAAAAGGGCAARCAGAAGACACAGACGAGAAGCAAGCUCCAGAGAGUCAUGAGCAGAGCGUGACACCCACUUGUCGUGAUGAAAACAGUGCUGAUGUUGCAACACAAAAAGCUGAAGGCUCUGAGGAUGCAGCAGAGCCUGGUGGAGAGCAGGGAGCAGCAGAGUGAGAGCAGCACUUUGAGCAGCUGAGCCAGCAGAGAUGGCACUGCCCUGUGCUGGGAGCCAGCUUUGGAGGCUUGGAGAACUGAAUAAACUUCCUUUGGGAUGAUCAGCUGGCCUGUCUCACUUUCACUAUCCCAUGGUUUUUUAAUCAUCUCUUGUAAACUCAUUGAGAUGCAGCUCUUGAUUACCCUAAAGAGGAAAACUCUUAAUUUGCUCCUCUUCAAGUGCAGGCCCAUGUCCUGUUCCUGAGUUUUAUCUGAUGUUCAGGGCUAUCCUGGAGCAACGGGGAUUUUUGCACUUUGAUUCUGGUUAUGUCCCUAACUGAAAGAGAAGAGGAAAACUGAUCUUGUCUCCUUAUUUGAAUUACUUAAUUAUUUAUUAAAUACAUGAUUUCURAUGUAAGACAGCAUGACCUAAUCUGCCAGGCCUUUCUAUUACUGUAUAACUUCUGUUUGUUAUUUUGAAAAGCUGUACCUUAUCAGGAGUUUUUUCCUGGCAAAAGUGCUGUUUCUCUAAAAGAGAUGAUUAUAUGGAUUUCACAUGAUGUCAGAGGAUAGUUGCCUCUCCUGUUAGGAAAGUAGCGUCGUCUUUUUAGGGAUAAAAAGCGUUACCAAAAUGUAUCUCUGAUGAUUAUGAACCUUUGUGUAGAGAUUCUGUUCUCUGAGGUGCAAAGUGCUGAAUAAUUAGUUCUCUUUAUCCCCAUGGGCGUUGCUUUGUAGUUCUUGUUGGAGUUGUUAAAGAGUAUGAAUUGUUUACUGGUUUUAGAGAAAACACUUCAGAUUUUGCUUAAAACUCUCUAGAGCUGCUCUUCUGCAGGUUUUCCCACCACUUUUAGACUCUUUAUAGUCUUCCACAGAUUUUUGUGUCCAUGACUGUUUCAAAGGCCCUCRUUUCUCAGUUGCCAAAACAGCCCAAAUAUUUCCCAGUGCAUUUUUUUUCAGCCUUUGCUGGUAAUUUGCAGUGGCCUGGGGGGCUCUUUCCUGCAGGUCCAUGUCGUGAGGUUUGGUGUGUCAGAUCCAACCCAUUUCCUUCUUAGGGCAGGAUUGCUUUGCCUUUAAUGUCAGACAGCCAGGGCAUGUUCCAGUGCAGCAUGUCUGGAAACCACUGGGCUUUGUGGGGCAGUUAAUUGAAACGUUAAUUGGAGAGGCUAYGCUUGUCUGGUUCAUUUAUUUCCAACCCUCAAGAAUUUACUUUCAGACCUUGCCAGCUCUGCCUGCUUUAGUGUUCCUGACCUCUCUGUCAGCUGUUCUGCCACACUUACACAAUGUUCCACUGAGUGAAGGAGCAUUAAAACAGUUUAGCACCUUUACUCCUAAAGAUUGGCAACACAGGACUUGUUUCAUGAAGUAGAGAAAACUUUCCAACAGCCAGAAGGUCUGGAUUUGCUGUUUACUCAGGUUGUUUKGGAUGGUUUUGGGGUUCUUUGGUGCUGUGUGGUUUUGUGUAGGAGAUGGCCAGGGAGCAGAUGCAGCAGCUUGUGCAAUGUCAAUGUUUUUCCUCUCUGCUACAGCUCUUAAAAAGCUUCAUCUUUCAAGGAAUUUGAGGGGUGACUUGCCUUCCCAGACUGUAGGUUCUGAUCCAGCAUGCCACAUACAUGUGUGGGAAUAAAAGU